AAUUUGUAACUCAACCCCCGACAGCUGCUCCGUACGAACAGGUUACAUUGGACACCACAAACCAGGAAGCCAUGUUUGGAACAUCGUAUGUUCAGGAUGAUCCAGGAUGUCCUACACAGCCAGGUGACUCCACAGGACCAAACCAGAGUGACUUUCAUGCAUACACGCCUUCUCCAGGGUUUGUAGCUCAACCACCGACAGCUGCUCCGUACAAACUGGUUCCAUUGGGCACCACAAACCAGAAAGCCAUGUCUGGAACAUCGUAUGUUCAGGAUGAUCCAGUCACAGGAAGGGCUGAGAACUUCGAGUUCUCUGACAAGAGCAUCCGACGAGGGUUCAUAAGGAAAGUGUAUGCAAUUCUAAUGGUGCAGCUGUUGAUGACAGUGGCAUUCAUUGCGUGGUUUACAUACCACGAGCCCACCAAACACUACGUACAGGAACACCAGGGCAUCCUUUUUGGAGCAUUUGCAGUGGCUAUUGUAUGUCUUUGCACGAUGGUCUGCUGCGGCGAUGUGCGACGUAAGGCACCUAUGAACUUCAUCUUCUUGUUUCUGUUUACGUUGGCUUUAGGGGUUCUGCUCGGUGUUGUGGCAUCUACAUUUGAUUCUGAUGCGGUCCUCAUGGCUGUUGGUCUGUGUGCCGCAGUUUGUUUCGGUCUGACCAUUUUCGCAAUCCAGACGAAGUGGGACUUCACAGGAAUGGGCGGUGCUUUGUUUGUUACCCUCAUUAUUCUGGUUAUCUUUGGUAUCGUGGCAAUCUUCAUCCCUGGAAAGAUAAUGAACUUGAUCUAUGCUUCAUGCGGGGCACUGCUAUUCUCUCUGUAUCUCAUAUAUGAUACACAACUCAUGAUUGGUGGGGAACACAAGUAUUCUAUCUCACCAGAAGAAUACAUUUUUGCUGCUCUCAACCUCUAUCUAGACAUUGUCAACAUUUUCCUGUAUAUACUCAGAAUCAUUGGAGAAUCCCGAAGGUAGUGUGU